AUGCAUGUUCACGACGUUCUUAUCAUCGGUGCCGGUCCUGCUGGACUCGCCGCUGCAGCACGACUCCGCGAGCAUACACCCUCGGCAACCUUCACCGACGACGAACACCAGCGAUAUCACUGGAUCCGAAAACACGGCCGUAAGAUGAACGUCAAGAACUACAAGACCAACCAAGACUCACUAUCAACAUCUCGUCCUGCAUCCGACACCUCCGACUGCGGCUGCAACGGCGACACAGCAGCCGGGGACACCUCCAUAGACAUGCUCGUCCUCGACGCAGAUGGUACAGACUGGAUGAGCAAGUGGAACCGAUUGUUCAAGACCUUCGGUAUCAACCACCUCCGCAGCCCGAUGUUCUUCCAGAUCGAUCCUGCAGACCGUGAUGCACUGCUCGGUUACGCGUAUGAGAAGGGGCGUGAGAGGGAGUUGCAGGCGCUGCCGGGCUGUGCAGGGAAAGAGAUCAGCAAGCACAGAAAGAAGAAGAAGUUGAAUUCGAGAGGCAGAUUUCCAGGAUCGGGACCGGAUGUGGAUGAGCGAGAUCGAAAGGACUACUUUACGCCGAGUACGAACCUCUUUACAUCACACUGCGAAGAAGUCAUCAGAAGAUAUGGGUUGGGUCCAGAUCUGCUUCGGCAGGAGCGCGUGAUGGACAUAAGCUACGACGAAGCAAGUAGCUUCGAUAACAUCGAACAUGACUGUGUCAUCUCGGACGAUGCAUCGAACAAAAAUCAAAAGAUCUUUCGCGUCAAAACCGACCAGGGUGUUCGGUACGCGAAUGUCGUCAUACUGGCUGUAGGGCCUGGAAAUGCUCCAUCAAUACCCUCCGUACCAGGUCUCCCAACACCAAGUCUCCACGAAGGCUACACACAUGCAAUGCAAAUCAAGCAAUUCCCACCUCCACACGUUGCCGCCAAGAUCAAGGCUCGUUGCUCGACAAACAUGCUCAUCGUCGGCGGCGGCCUCACAAGCGUCCAGCUAGCCGACCUCGCAAUCAAACGUGGUGUGACCAAGGUACACCUGCUGAUGCGCGGGCCGCUGAAAGUCAAGUACUUCGACGUGGAUCUCGACUGGGUCGGCAAGUUCCGCAAUUUCAACCAAGCUGCGUUCUGGAGCGCGGACACGGACGAAGAGCGCUUCGAGAUGAUAACUCAGGCGCGGAAUGGUGGCAGUAUGACGCCGAGAUAUCGCAAGGUUCUUGAUGCGCAUGUGGCGAGCGGCAGGAUUGUGUUGCAUACUCAUACCGCGCUGUCGUCUGUGGAGUGGGAUUCGGGCACGAAGGUUUGGACCAAUGUUAAGGUUUCGACGGAUGUUCCGAUCCCGGCAAAUGAUUAUGUUGUCUUCGCAACAGGCAUUCAAUCUGAUAUCCGCACAAUCCCCUUCCUGCAGACGCUCCAGCAACAACACCCUAUCGACUACGUAGGUGGCCUGCCUUGUCUCAACGACGACCUGAUGUGGAACGAUGACGUGCCGCUCUUCAUCACCGGGCGUCUUGCAGGCCUAAGGCUAGGCCCUGGGGCGCCGAAUUUAGUCGGUGCGAGGAUUGGUGCGGAGAGGAUUGCGUGGAACGUGGAGGAUGAGUUGAAGAAAAUGGGUAAGCUGAAGAAGGGCGAGAGGAGAGAUUCGGGGUAUGAAGGGAGUGUAGAUGAGUAUGAGAGCUAUGCGAGUGCGAGGGAGAAUCGGUUUGCCGGGUUAGCUGGCAUGGGUGAAGAGUAA